AUAGAGCUCAAAUUUCCUAAAAAUCAUAAGAUUAAGACCAAAAAAUAUUACUCAAGGAUGCUCCCAAGUCUCAAAGUCCCCUACCUUAUUUCCCCCGCCUUGAGUCCUUUUUUUUUAAUUCUCACUCACUCUCACAACAAAUUAGUUUGAUCAAACAAACACUCCAUAAACGACAACAACAAAGGCACUUACUUAUAAGUGCUUGUUUGUCUAAUUAGCGAAAUAGACAUCUUUGCAGGCCUUUUGAUCGCUCCUACCUCAAAAUUUUCUCCUCAAAUACCAAGUGCCCCUCUUUAUUUUCAUCCUUAUAAUAUAAUUAUCCCUUCAUUUUCAACACUCACUAAUAUAUAUACACAUUAUUCCUUCCAAAACAUUUUAUCUUAUUCAUAAGAAUUUUCAUUCCGGGAACACUAUGAAGAACGUCUCAAAGAACAAGUUCUUAACUUGUUUCCGUCCCGUCUUUGAUUUCGAGGCACAAAAUUCAGCUACCGAAUCAAAAUUUUCGGAACAAAACUGCUCAAAAUCGAAACUCAAUGAAGUUGCUUGUCAGCCUCCAAAACAAACACUUGCUAAGAAUACAAGAGCUCAUAAGAAAAAUCGUUAUCAAAAUUGUUUUGGAUCAAAGCGAAGUUAUUUCAUACAUACAAAAAGUUCAUGUUCAUCAACUUUUAACAGUACUAAUAUUGAAGAAAUCAAGGCAAUUGAAUCUUCUUGGUCAUGUUCAUCAUCUUCAAGCUCGCCAAUAUCUGAAUCAAAGAGUUUGUCUUUAUCCAAGUCUAGUGAAGGCCAAUUAGAGAAGGAAAAAAAGUUCAAAUGCAUAGGAUUAUACAUGGUGGUUCUCAUAUGCUUAGUAGUUACGGUUUUUUGGGGUAAAAUUAAUGUGAUUAUUUUGACAUCAAUGUCGUUUUGUUGUUUCUCUCUUUGCAACGCAAGCUCUCACUUGCUAAAAAGGGUUGCUAAGUUGUCCAACACAAAAAGCCAUAGGGACCAUAUUGUAAAACUAUAUAUUUAAAUUGCAAUUUGUAACCGCAAUUGUAAUAUAAAUGUUUUAGAGUUUUAUGUAAAGACAUCGCAACUACAAUUUUGAAAAAUGA